AUAAUAAUAGCAGCUGAUCGGCUCUCCAGCCCCGCUGAUCGAUCGGCUCUGAUCGAUCACCGAAGCCGCCUGCGCAGCUCCGCUCCCCGCCCUCCUCUUCAUCACAUCCCGUUGUCUCACUGGAGGAUGACUCGGUUGGAGGCUAGCGGCUAACCGGGCGGGUUUCUCAUGCCCCUUGUUGUUCCGUGGGUCCCGUGGAGCCGUCCCCGUCCCAACCCGGUCCGGACCGCAGGUUGCGCCGCCCGGAGCGGCCCGGAGCUCGGCGCGGAGAUGCAGCAGCUGUUAUGUAAGAGCGGAGCCGCUAACGUUAGCCCGCCGCCAUGAAUGACGCGCAGCAAGAAAUGUCUCCGGACUUCGUCCUGAUGCGGCUCGUCUCCGCCGCGGAGUACGACCGGCUGGACGAGCCCGACGACCUGAUCCGGUCCGGAGGCGGCGGGUUCGGACCGGUGAAAGCCGCGCUGGGACACCGCGGAGGCGGGUUUGAUGUGGAGUCCGGCGGCCCCUCGGCAGGCCUCGGAUCCGCAUCCCCGCACUACAGUUCGCCGCUCCCCGGGAAGGGAGAGCUGGAUGUCGGUCUGGGGUUGUCGCAGGGCCCGCCGAGCUCCGAGGCGCCGCUGUCCCCGCCGCCUGAGGACUUUGCCGCAGCGGCGCAGCGGUUCGUGGACGGUUCGGGCGGACACGGAUCCAGGGCACAGCUGAUGGUGUUACAGAACCUGCUGCGGUCCGGAUUGGAGCAGCCGCCGCCAGCUGCAUUCCUGCAGGAGGAACCGGAGAGACAGAAGCUGGAGCCGGGUCCAGGUUCGGGUUCUGCUAGCACAGCUGGUUCCCGACCUGGAGGCGGGAAGGAGCAGAACUCUGGCUGUGUCCCAUCCCCGGAGGAGAACCUGCAGUGGCACCCCGUGGUCAGAUUAUCCAAAGGGUCCGACGGGCCUCAGAACCCCCCGCCGGUCCCUGCCCUGGAUCCGGAGUCCAUCCCCAUCUUGUGCCACCGACACCGGCUGGCCAAGUGGCCCCCGGGUCUGCUGGACCAGGCCCUGCGCCUGGGCCUGCUGGAGCUCAGGAGAACCUGCCCGUCUGGGGCUGAAGAUCCGGUUCUGGUGCUGGCCCAGAAGCUGGGUCAGCUGGGCGAGGGCAGGGAGGGAGCGGGCGGGGGAGACGGGGUGCCGCCGCCCCCUCGCUGCUCCUGUCACGGCAUCCUGGCGGCGGGUCCGGUUGCCCCCGGAGACGACCCCAGCGACACCAGCGACGCUCUGCUGGUUCUGGAAGGCCUGGGGUCCGAUCAGGUCGGAGAGCUGGCACAGGGGGGGCGCCGAGACGGCGAGGAGGAGGCUGGGGGGGGCGACGUCGGGGGGCCGGCGGGGGGAGCCGGAACCGUGUUUGGCGGCGGGACGCUGAGCGGCCUGAUGCGACAGGUCCACCGACUGGCCGAGGAGGCGGGCGUCUGCACCGAGCCCACGUGCCGUGCUGCCGCCGCCGCCCCCCCUGCGGCGCCACAGGGCCCCCCGGCCGCCGGUGCCGCUCCCCCUGACCCGUGCCCGUGCCCGCAGCACCGGUCCCGGUCCCAGCCGCAAAGCCGCGCCGCCACCCCGAAGCUCGGAGUGGCGGCGGGCGGCUCCGGGCGCGCUGCCUCCCCGAUGACGGUCCUGGAGGGGGGGGGCGACAGGACGCCGCGGAGGAAGUCGAGGAAGGGGGGGUCCCUGAAGGUCCGGCUCAGCAAGCUGUUCAGAACCAAGAGCUCCAGCGGCGGGUCGGCCGGCCUGCUGGACAAGCGGCCGUCGCUGGCGUCCUCCACCUCGUCGGGGGGGAGCCUGCUGGACGUGUGGGGGUCCACCUGCAGCAGCACCGACCAGGACAGGCUGCAGGUCUCCAGGCCUCACAGUGCCUUCGCCCCGCUGCCGUUCACUCCUGCUUUCACCGGUGAGACGGUCUCUCUGGUCGAUGUGGACAUUUCCCGCAGGGGGGGGGGCGCUCAGCACCCCCCCACGCCGCCCCCCCCUCCCAGGCGGAGCCUCAGCCUGCUCGAUGAUUUCGGGGGUCCUCCGCAGCUCCAGGGGCCGUUCACGGAGCGCAGCGCGGGGGCCUCCAUGCAGUCUCUGCCCCCCCGGCCGCUGGCGCUGCACCCGACCCUGAGCACCAUCCAGCACAGCCUGAGCCUCAACGACACGUUUCUGCGGGCUUUGCCCCGCCCGGUACCGCUGCGACCCGACGGCCAGAACCCGCCGCCCCGGCUCGCCCCCCGCUGCCCCCUCAGCCGGCCCGACGCCGGCAGCUUCGCCACCAGCCUGAGGGAGCUGGAGAAGUGCGGCUGGUACUGGGGUCCGAUGAACUGGGAAGACGCAGAGAUGAAGCUGAAAGGGAAACCGGACGGAUCGUUUCUGGUGCGGGACAGUUCGGAUCCUCGCUACAUCCUGAGUCUGAGCUUCCGGUCGCAGGGAGUCACACACCACACACGCAUGGAGCACUACAGAGGAACCUUCAGUCUGUGGUGCCACCCCAAGUUCGAGGACCGCUGCCACUCCGUGGUGGAGUUCAUCGAGAGAGCCAUCAUGCACUCCAAGAACGGAAAGUUCCUCUACUUCCUGCGCUCCAGAGUCCCAGGUCUGCCUCCCACUCCGGUCCAGCUCCUGUAUCCGGUCUCCAGGUUCAGCAGCGUCAAGUCUCUGCAGCAUCUGUGUCGCUUCUGCAUCAGGCAGCUGGUUCGCAUCGACCACAUCCAGGAGCUGCCACUACCUACGCCGCUCAUCGCCUACCUGAGGAAGUUCUACUACUACGACCCGGAGGAGGAGAUCAACGCCGCGCUGCCGGACGGGAAGGAGGCCAGGGAGCCCAGCAGCCAGCCAGGGGUCCGGUCCCAAACGUAGCACCGGAACCGGGCCAGACCGGGACGCACCUGGAGCCCACCCGCAGGUCUUUUCUUUCUCUGCUCUCUGGACUCGACCACUGAAGGACGUUCAAACACUCAAACUGGACUCUGACUGCAGCCAAUGGGCUCCCUCCGCUCAGUCUCGUAUCCGGGCGGGUUUCAGAUGAUCCCGCCUCCUCUGAUUGGCUCGCAGGGAGUUGCCAGGCGAGGGACGGGGGAUGAGGAGACUCCGCCUCCUUUUUGAUGUCAUCACUGAUCAGCUGGACUGAAGCGAGCGUGACGUCGCUGUCAGGAAGGAGAGGAAGUGUCAGUCGCCUCCAGGAUUCCAAACAAAUGCUGCGGAGCUCGGCGUCCGGAACCGGGGAGGGUUCUGUUGGUUCUACACGGAUCAUAUGUUUACUUCCCUUUCUGCUGGAGCCUCAGCAGGGGGCGCUGUUCAGUGGUACCAUAUGUUGAUCAGCUGCUCUGAUAAUCAGCCAAUCAUCAUUCAACUUUUAAAUCAGAUAUUCUGAAUCUUUAAUUACAUAUGUAAUUUUCAGACUUUUCUGCUUCUAAAAGAAAUUUAAGGAUAUUUUUCUGAAUCACUGAACUGCAGCUUUAAACUCAAGGACCUGAUGAUGCAGGGCAGAUAUUUACUUCUUAACCUGAAGUUUAGUUUAUUUCUGCUAUUAAAUUGGAUGGUUCUGAGAACCGGAACCGGAUUAAAUCAUCUAAAAGUGGGCGGGGCUUAAAAGAGGAAGACGACCCUGAGGAAGGAUCUCAAAACCGAAACAUGAGAAAGAAGAUUUGGGUUUAAACCUGCAGCUCAUGUCUGACCUGCUGUUUGUCUCUAUGCUGGAUUAUCGAUGUUAAUGAAACCAUCAUCAUGAUGCUUUUUCUCUGACUCGUCCUGCUGCUGCUGCGUUUGGUUCAGGUACGACUGCAGGUGUGAAGGGGGCGGAGCCUCUGAAGGUGUGAUGAUGACGAUGAAACUGAUUGGUGUAAAAGUUUCUGGUUCCAGGAACCAAACCCAGGAGGAGAACCUGUUCAGAACUUCCAGUUUGUUUCCUCUUCAGCCGAUUCGUUGCUUUUUCAGCACUUUGAUUUUGGAAAAUUUUCAAAUUUAAAAUGUAAUUUAAAUUUUAAAUGCCUAGCUAUUCAUAUUUUUGAAAGCAUUAGCUAAAAUAAAAAAUUAAACUUUUAUUUCACCAGGCAAAACACAAUGAACAAUUUGUAAUGUGCAAUGUCAGCCUGAAAUUAAUAAAGGUACAAAAUAUGUUCUAGAUAUGAAAUUAAAGAGGGAAGCAUUUUUUUACAUGUAGAUUUACUUUAAUUUAAUCAGUUUUAAAUAAACACUCCUAUUUUUAGGUGUUAUUGGAUUUAAUUUCCUGUCACUAUUUCUCUCUAAUUCUACUUAAUUUCUUGAGAUUAUUGAUUACAGUUUUCUGUACCGGGUGAACAGAACCAACCCGGUUCUGGUUCCUCCAUGUAGCGCCUUUUGUUAACAGAGUACCCAUGGAUAAUGUCAGAACCUUUUUUAAAUUCAAUUCUCCGCGGUUGUUUGGGAGAUUAAUCCGACCUGUUUGGACUCAUUCCUGGUUCUGCGACAGAUGGACGAUGUUCUCCAGAACUUUUCCAUCUGUGGUUUUCAUUUUUUUUGGAGAUGUUUGGAACUUUACUCGCUGUCGGGAAUAACAUCCAGAUCCUGGAGGCGACAGUCGCGCCGCGACGGCAACAUUACCAAAAAACUUAGAGCAGGGUUACCAUGACGACCACUCAGCUACAACCAUGUCAACAUCCUACUGUUUCGCUCUCUGGGAGGACGGAUUCAGACACUGGGAACUCUGGGAAAACUGGAGGCGGGACCCAGACGUCCUGCUUGGACACUUCCAUGAUGUCAAACAGUUGUAAAUGUUGACUGAAGACAUGUUGUUGUUGGUGUGGAGGAGCAGUAAUGUGUCGUUGUUGUGCCGUCACCUGUUAAUAAAACACGGUGGGACUGAAAGAGACAAAACCUUUCAUUUUUAGUUUAGUGGUCACAAAAUACAAAGUUUAAUAGAAAUGCAAACAGAAUUUAACUGAAACACUUUUAAUGAACAAACUGCUGUAGUAUCAAAAUAAUCCUCCCUGCAGGUCAGAGGUCAGCCCUGCCUGAAACAGAUCUGUUCUACAAAUAUUACAGCUCAUGACAAAAGAAGGUAAAGUUACCCUUAAGAAAUAUCUUUAAAUUCUUUAAGCUCUGUAUAAUUAUAUAUAAUUAAUCUAAUAUAUAAUAUAAUCUAUAUAAUUAUAGAUUUCAGUUUCAUUUACAGAUUUAAUAUAAAGACAUUUUCAUAACAUAAUUUUAAGGAUAAGCUUCCAAAUAACUCUAUUUAACACUACUACAGAUUAAGAUGAACUUUAGGAUGAAUCAACUAUAAUAGCAAUCGAUGCAAAAUAUCAACACAAGGACAUUUCAACACACACACACACACACACACACACA